AUGCGGCGGCAUUCGCGCACGGGUGACGAGCUCAUCAACGAAGACGACGAGCAAAGCGCGGCGACAAAUGACAUCACUAGCAUCCGCAAUAUGGACAAGCUCAAAGUCUUCUUCAAGUAUACGGCUGUCAAGGCUGAGCUCGACAAAGCCGAGCUUGAGCGGGAUGCUCUCCUAGAUGCGCUCUGCGAGACUCGUUCGACCCUCUCAGACGUCCGGUCUCAGCGAGACAAUCUCGAUGCGGAGCUAAAGCGGGAGAGACAACUCACAGCCCUCGUCAAGCAGCACCUCGGCGGACAUCCAGACCAUGUGCAGGAGAAGCUUGCGGAUCUGGUCGCGACUCGCCAGGAAUGGGAGAUGCGGACGAGGUCGGCGGAAGAAGAGCUCAACGUGUUGCGGCGUGAACUCGCCGAAGUGCGUGAGCGGGAAGAGCUGCUCGAGCGGGAGAACGUGAUGAUGGGGGCACACCUCGCCCCUGCCGAGAUGGCUCGGGACGGUUUGGCGGGCCUCGAACGCAUUGACACAAACAACUCGACGCAGCACAGCAAAUCUCCUCAACUCGGCAACGGCCUUCCUGUCGCCGCUUCUUCCGCUUCCGUCCGCUCUCAGCACUCGAGCUCCGAUGCCAGUCAUCGACGCCGCAAAUCCUCCCUCCUCGCCUCGCCAACCCUCACGAUGAGCCGCACGACUUCCGUCAACACAGCCCGCCCAUACGAGCAUUUGCCCUCGCUGCCGUUCGACGCAUCUCGUCUCCUUCGGCGGACCCAAGUCCAGCUACGGGUUGGCGCCAGCCCACUCAAGAACCGCUCACCAUCCUCGCAUCCCUACGACCCGAGCGUCCCGCCGUCUCUACCCUUCGCGGCGCGCGACCUUCGUAGGUCGAAGAUGUCGAGCGACUCGACUCAGACGGACGAGUACAGCGAGUACGCGGAUCAGUCGUUCGAUUUGUCGACGGGCGUCAAAGGACUGGCAAGGCUGAAGAGGGCCGACGCGGCGUUCUUAUCGGACUUGACGAGCGAGAUCGAGCUGUCGCCGGAGGAUGCGAGGGGUCGCAAGGCCGGCGAGUAA